UCUCUCUCUCUCUCUCUCUCUCUCGUUUUCUUCGUUACCCUUUCUUCUCUCACCAUUAAAUUCCCACAGGAAGCUUCUAGAACUACCAAACACCUCUCUCUCUCUCUCUCUCUCUCCGUCCUCUCCGACCAAAACUCUCAAUUUCCCUUCCAAUAUUUUCUCUUUUGUUUUAAGAGUUUGGUUUGUUUGGGGCUUUGUUAUGGCCCCGCCGGUGGAGCAAAACGGCGAGUCAACCAGCUGCGAGUCCCAGAGAUCUCUACCGACGCCGUUUUUGACUAAAACGUUUCAGCUGGUCGACGAUCACAUCAUAGACGACGUAAUCUCAUGGAACGACGACGGAUCCACUUUCAUCGUCUGGAACCCCACCGUUUUCGCUAAAGAUUUGCUCCCCAAAUAUUUCAAGCACAACAAUUUCUCUAGCUUCGUCCGCCAGCUCAACACCUAUGGAUUUAGAAAAGUAGUACCUGAUCGAUGGGAGUUCUCGAACGAGUACUUCCGUCGAGGGGAGAAGCAGCUUUUGCGCGAAAUUCAGCGCCGAAAGAUUACAUCGCCGACGGGAACAGGUCCGGCGCCGGUGACGGUUACUAUGGCGGCGAUUCCGACCGUGAAGCCGAUGAUAUCGCCGUCGAAUUCCGGAGAAGAGCAAGUGAUUUCCACGAACUCAUCGCCGACCACAGCACCGGCGGAUCUAGCCGACGAGAACGAGAGGCUAAGGAAAGAGAACGUGCAGCUGAGCAAAGAGUUGGCGGAAAUGAAAUCGCUCUGCAACAACAUCUUCACUAUGAUGUCAAAUUUCGCGAAUAGUAACCAAUCGGAGAUCGCCGGAAAACCGCUAGAUUUGAUACCGUCAAAGCGGUUCCUCCGCGAGGAGACGGAAACGAGCGCGAGGCUGUUCGGCGUGGCGAUCGGUGGGAAGAGGGCGAGGGAAAGCAAGGGUGAGGCGGGGGAGGAGGAUGAGACGGAGUUGCGGCUGCACCUGCCUGGGGCGGGGAUCGCGAAAUCAGAGCCGUUGGAUUGUCAGAGUAACGCUGAUGAUCGAAAAGCACCGUGGCUCAAGCAGUGCCACUGGGACGAUCCUAAUAAUCAGAGGGUGUGUAAUUGAUUAGUAUUUGUUUCAGUAGACUGGAAUUUAGGAGUGAAGCACUGGAUCCGACUCCCUGUGGAACAUGCACGUGACUAAAACUGUGUCACGUGCAUGAUCAACCUAAAUGGGACCCAUUUCAAGAAGUUUCUUGGAACUUUUUUCUUUC